UAGAAAGCAGCUACACACCUUUACUCUGUUGGACAGGUUCAUUACAGAACAUAAGGGAAAUUGUUGUAGAUUUGAUCUAACCAGAACCAUUGUUUUACUUGAUUUUAUGGUUCUUUGGCUUCAACCUUCAAAGUUUUCUGCAUCCAGUGAAUACUAUGGAGUCUCUCGGGAAUGGAACUAAAGACAGCCUGAAAUCCCCGGAUGACCUCUUGGACCCAUCAGCGCAAUUUCUCCCUACAUCUGAUGCUAAGAAGGUAAAGAAGAAGAGAUUAACUGUGAGAAUUGUCUUAGUAAUCAUCCUGAUCAUACUGGCAGCAGUGGCUGCACUGUUAACAGGUGUACUCGUGUGGAACUUCCAUUUGAGAACCGAUGUAAGAAUUAAGAAGGUCUUUGCUGGUUCUCUGACAGUCUCCAAUCUGAGAUUUAUAGACCCAUAUGAGGAUGGCAACAGUGCUCAUUUUAAUGAUCUGGCCUCUGACCUCUCCAAACAAAUGAAAAAAAUGUACAGCAAUGUGCCAUUACUCUUCAAAUAUUAUGUCAGCUCCAGUGUUAAAGCAUUCAGUGAAUCCAGUGAUGGCAUGGUUAUAGCCUACUACAUAUCUGAGUUCGGUGUGCCAGAGGCUCAGGUAUCUGCUGUGGAUGAAGCCAUUGAGUCGUUCUUGCGUACCAUGGGGCCAGGACAAACACGGAGGCUGUCACUCAAGCCAACCAACGAUCUGCUUAUUAACAAUAUGAUGUCUGCAGCUGUUGAUCCUCGCUUGGUUAAUUCAACUUUGAAAGGUCACCACAAGAAAUCCCACCACUCUCGUGCGGGUGAGACGGACAUCAUCCAGUCUCCAGGCUUUCCUGACUCUCCCUACUCCUCUAACACCUACGCCGAGUGGCAGCUCCGUGCCGACCCCAACCACAGGCUUCGGCUGGAGUUUACAGUGGUAGACCUGGAGAAUGACUGCCGCAAUGAUUUCAUUAGAGUGUAUGAUUCUCUUAUCCCCAGUGAGAGUCAUGUCAUGGCAGAGAAAUGUGGAACCUCCACACUCGGCGAGCAGCUGGUUUUCCUGUCUUCUGGAAAUGUCAUGUUAGUUACUCUGGUUACAAAUGAAGAAAAUAAUUUCCCAGGUUUCAGAGCAAAAUACUCUCAAGUGCCUGCAGAAAUCCAAGCAUGUGGUGGGAAACUAACCGGGAUGAAAGGCACCUUUACGUCUCCUGGCUUUCCAUCCAGUUAUCCUCCUCAGGCCCAGUGUGUUUGGAACAUUAAAGUUCCAGAGGGAAAACACAUCAUAAUAAAUUUCAACAAGUUUUCACUGACUGAUCCAGGACAGAGCCCAGACAACUGUACUAAGGAUUACCUGGAGGUCAAUGGCAACAGGAUGUGUGGAGAAAAAUUUGAAAUCAUACCCCUCGUCAUCAAGACAGAUAAGGCAGAUAUAAAAUUCUUCUCUGACAUGUCUUAUGUAGACAAGGGCUUCUCUGCAGAGUUUGAAGCCUUCAUACCCUUCGAUCGUUGUUCUGAAAAAUUCCACUGUGAAAAUGAUGCCUGCGUUUCUCCGAAGCUUCGGUGUGAUGGCUAUGAUGACUGUGGAGACAUGAGUGACGAGAAGAACUGCGUCUGUGAUGAGUCUCAAAUCAGAUGUAAGAACGGCGUCUGCAAACCCAAAUACUGGCACUGUGACGGUGUUAAUGACUGUGGUGACAAUACAGAUGAGGAGAACUGUGGUUACUGUAAAGCUGGGGAAGAGGCCUGUCGAAAUGGCCGCUGUAUCUCAGAGCAGAAGAAGUGUGAUGGCCAUAAUGACUGUGAGGAUGGUACAGAUGAAUCCAUGUGCACUAAAUCUAUAGUCCUCACUUGCUCCGAGUUUACCUUCAAGUGUAAGAACAACAUGUGCAUCAGCAAGCAGAACCCAGAAUGUGAUGGGCACAUAGAUUGUGAGGAUGGUUCAGAUGAAGAAGGCUGUGAAUGUGGUAUGAGGCCAUACCAGUCCUCUCAGAUUGUGGGUGGUGAGGCGGCCAGGGAAGGCAGUUGGCCGUGGCAGGUUAGUCUUCACCUGCAGGGCAGAGCUCAUGUGUGUGGAGCCUCGUUAAUCAGCAACCUUUGGCUCAUCACAGCUGCACACUGUAUACAAGAGACCGACCGAUAUUCUUGGCCAGAAGAAUGGGAUGUCUAUCUGGGGCUGCACAGUCAGAGUGAGACCAACACAGCCAACACAGUACAGAAGGGUGUAAAGCAAAUCAUCUGUCAUCCUGAGUACAACCCCCCUCAGCACAAUAAUGACAUCGCUCUGAUGGAGCUGGACAGCCCUGUGACCCUCAGCCAGUAUAUUUGGCCUAUCUGCCUACCUUCAGCAACACAAGUGUUACCUACAGGCCAGUCUGUGUGGAUCACAGGUUGGGGCAAAACCAAAGAGGAAGGACAAUUGGCAACAGUGCUGCAGGAAGCAGAGGUGCGUAUCAUCAACGAAACAGUUUGCAGUCAGCUGAUAGAAAAUGAGCUCACACCUCAGAUGAUCUGUGCAGGAAUUCUGACAGGAGGAGUGGAUGCCUGUCAGGGUGACUCAGGUGGGCCCAUGUCCUUUGUAGACCCGAUAAGUGGACGUUCGUUUCUUGUUGGGGUCGUGAGCUGGGGUGAAGGCUGUGGUCGAAAGGGGAAGCCUGGCAUUUACACACGGGUCACCAAGUACCGCAGCUGGAUCCGAGAGGAGAGUGGGGUAUAAAAUGCACAUUUGUUGAGUGUGCCCACUCUGAAGGACACUAGAUCAGUCCCUCCUGACCCCAUAGAAAGCGUCCCAUAAACUACAUAUCUAAACUUAUGCUCAUAUCUAUAAGAUAAAAAUAAAAAACAACUUCGAGUUAAACUCCACUUUUUCUAAUGCACCCUCUCAUGUUUUUUUGGCAGACAGUUAAAUUCCCCUUUGAAGUAGUAACAGGUCACAAUCAAACAGGUCUUAUUCAUUUUUUUCCUGUCUGUUGUCUGAUUUGAAUUGCAAAAGGCCAGUUUUAAAAGUAUUCAACCCUCAGGUGUUAUUACCUAUGUUAUGCUAUUUAACAUUUUUCAGGUGAUAUAUACUGUAUACACACUAUAGCUAUAUAUGUAUGUAACUAUGUAUGUAUGUAUAGAUUUUUAUAGAUCCUGCAUAUUGCUUUUUGUUUGGUUUAUUGGUUUAUUGUUUAAUACAUCAGUAUAUUAUUUAAAAAUGAAUUAUGUUUUCAGGAAUUGUGUUAUAACUGGUGCUGAUUGUAAAAUGUCUUAAAGUGUCAUAAAAUGUUAUAUCGAUGUGUAGAUAUGAAAUAUGAAUAUAUAAAUAUGAAAAGUAAUAAGAAUAUUAUAAAGAAGGGUAAAUUCCUGUAUUAUGUGUAUUUCUGUUCAUUUCGAUCUUUGUCACUAAACAGACUUGUUAUUCAUUAGUAAUUUUGGUAUGCAUUUUCUUUGGUGGAGAAAAAUGUCAUUAAAAAAAAAAUAAAAAAAAUUACAGAUUUGUAAAGUCUCCUACUGGUUUAAACUGAGAUGUUUAAUGUUUUAAAUUGCAAACCACAUAGAGUUUUGUGGUCUAUUAUGCAUUUAAUGGUGUCUAAUGGCAAACCAAGUGGACUUUUUUUUUAAACUUAUAUUAGCAAUGAUGCUGUAUUUCUGUGUUUAAAAAGAGACAAUAAUUCACAUAUAUACAUAUACAGAUUGUUAUGCUGGAUAAAGAAUGAGUGGACACUAAAACCAUUGGUUUCUGGUGAUAAAUGGUUGAUGGAUUCAGUAAACCCAGAGACUUUUGUUAUAUAUAAACAUGGAAAAUGUACAGUAAGUUUGAUUAUUACUAAGAUGUACAGACUCCACUUGCAUUCCCACAAUGUGCAUUUCUAUUAUAUACGUAUAAUAAUAAAUGUAUAUAUUCAUCUUUUCGUA